GCUCGUUGCUCUGCGUCACUUCCCUGAUCCGGAGCGCAUUGUUUGCUGAAGCAGCCCACCUGCAACUUUUAGCUAGCUGUUGUUAAUGUGAAAGUUUGAACCUUAAUCGCGACCUUUUCGGUGAUAGCUCCGUACUUUCCGCUUGUUGAACCCACCGCUUGAUAUUUUUUGUACACCACUCGAAGGUAACUUCGGUUUUGUUCGCGCUAAGAAGACUCGAUCCUUGCUAACUUCCUGAACAGUUUUCUAGUUUUUUGCCAACAUGUCUAGUGUGAGAGGUCUCCGUGGAGCAUCGGGGAGUAACGACUGUCGGAUAUACGUGGGGAAUCUCCCUCCUGAUAUUCGCCAAAAAGACUUGGAAGACUUAUUCUACAAGUACGGAGCCAUUCGUGAUAUCGAUCUGAAAAACGGAAGAGCCGGACCCCCGUUUGCCUUCGUGCAGUUCGAGGACCCGAGGGAUUCUGAGGACGCUGUUUACGGACGUGAUGGGUAUGACUAUGAUGGCUACCGUCUGCGCGUUGAGUUCCCUAGAAGUGGAAGGGGCGGCGGAGGAGGAGGUGGUGGUGGCGGCGGCGGCGGCGGUGGUGGUGGUGGUGGUGGUGGAGGAGGAGGUGGUGGAGCAAUGGGACCACCAAGGGGCAGGUAUGGUCCCCCCUCCCGACGCUCUGAGUACAGGCUUCUUGUGUCAGGUCUCCCUCCCAGUGGAAGCUGGCAGGACCUGAAGGAUCACAUGCGAGAGGCAGGUGAUGUAUGUUACGCUGACGUGUACCGUGAUGGCACUGGGGUGGUGGAGUUUGACCGCAAAGAAGACAUGAGCUAUGCUCUCCGUAAACUUGAUAACACCAAGUUUCGCUCCCAUGAGGGGGAGACGGCUUACAUCCGUGUGAAGAUGGACGGUCCUCGCAGCCCCAGCUACGGUCGCUCUCGCUCCCGUAGCCGCAGUCGAAGCCGAAGCAACUCUCCUCGUCGCGGCAGAGGGUCUCCGCAUUACUCUCCCCGCCGCUCCCGGUCCAGGUCCCGCUCUCGCUCUCGCACCUAGAUUCGACCGAACCAAAGCAAAGCGUGCCUCAGAGCCGGAGAGGAAAUCUUCACAUCACACAACAAAAAUCCUGUGUACUCUUCAAAGAACAUCUCACAUGUUACCUCCCCUUCUCCAUCUUCUAUCGGGUUCCCUGUUGCCUUCACAUUUGUUGUAGUUUUUUCUUUUUUGAGGAAGAGAUACUUUUUGUGUGUGUGCAUAGCUCGCUUUCACUUUGUCAUUCUUCCCCUUUUUUUUAAUCAUUUUCUUCUGCUAACUAUCUCUACGGCUUCUCUACACUUUUGAUUGUCCAAGUCAUAUGCUUUUGUGUUUUCUUAAAAAAUCAACUUCACCUCUUUUAAACAUACACGGCUGUCCUUUGACCUUCUUGUGUGUCUCUCUGUAGAGUUCAAAGGAACAGGCUAAGAUUGGAACAAAGGAAACAGUUCAUUUUAGGAUAAACAGGAGGAGGAGGAAGAGUCAAAUAUGGCACCCAUGGUAUGAUUGCUAUGCCCCGGUAUCUGUGAAAACUGGAUAAGAGGCUGUCAAGGUUUUUGUUUUUUUUGUUCCCCAUAGACCUGACAAUUGAGUGAUGUUUGGUGUUUUAAUUUGUAACCAGUUUGUAAGUGGAGAGCCAAAGUUUGUGAAUUUUUUUUUUUUUCUUUUGUUCAUCUUUUAGUAUCUAGAGUAAACCUUUUGGGGACUGAUUAUAAGAUAGUGUCCCCUUUUCAAGUAAAGUCUGUCUUAGAUGCAUUUAUGGAUAUUUUCUUCAAAUAUUUUCCGAAGGUGUGAUUCUAACUUUCCUCCUUCUUUUUGGUUUUGCUGGUAUUCUGAAGGUUUGGACUGGGUUCAGUGCCUCCCCAUACUGGAGCCGGAUCAGCAUUCAGGAUCAGAUCAGGAUUAGUUUAAGGCUUCAGGUUGGAUUCAUGGAGCAGUAGCACGUGAAGAUUAUACUGGGAGAGGAUCCCGAAACGUCUGGCUCUGGCAUAACCCCAUCAAACCGGAAAAAACAUUUUAACUCAAUUGGCUUUCAAGUUAUCCAAAUCUUUUUUUAUUUUGUUUUCUUAAGUUUAUGUUGGACCACAGCAACUCAGCAGCAGGCAUUUAUUUCAGAAUUUUGAUUAGUUAAACACAGAACUGCCAAGUUCGACUCAAAACCAGAAGGAGGGCUGGGAGGUGCUGGAUGGAUCCACACGCUUCAGGAGAGCGCUAAAUAGUGGAAAUCUUAAACAGUGGAGGAGGGAGGGAACUAGGAGGACCAGGAGGCAACAAAGGAAUUUGACUAAAAUGUGGUUUGUAUUUUUUUGUCCUUCUUAAGUUAGUCUUUUCCUGAGGAUAAUUUCUGAUUUUUCUUAAGUAUAUCCUCCAUCGUCUAAAGCUUUACUCUCUUUUAAUAAAACUUUCAA